UGGCACAUUUUGUGAGGGGGAGAGAUAAAGUCACGAGGAGAGAUAAAUAGGUUUCAGUGAAGGAGUCGUCCUGGGAGCGCUGCACAUCACACGGUUUCAGAAAUACUGCGCAGAUUAAAGAAUACAAAAGUUAUUCCAGACUGAAGCUGAAGACUGAAGCUGACGACUUCUGCAACAUUGUAUUACUUCUCAAAGUGAGGAGGCAGUGCUGCUGGAGACCCACAGGAGUUAUGUGGAGGUUUGUCCUGACUGUGAGUCUGCUCUGCUGGAGGUCUGAGGGCACUGUGACCUGCAGAGACAAGAACAAUGGGAUUGUGGACUGGUACAUCAUUUACAAGGCACCCACACAGACACCGUCUCUUACUGGUUUGGAGUAUCUUUACAUUGACUCAACUGGAAUGACAAAGAUGGUACCCUCAACACCUAACUAUAAGAGCAUCAAAGAUCCGAACGGCGUCCUGGCAAACACCCUGCGGCCCCUCUUCACUCCAAUCAGGUCAAUGCCGCAGGACUUUGGGUUCAUCAGCUAUAGCGAUCAACCUCCAGGAGGGCAUGCUGCACAAAUGUUUGGCCACAGUAAAGGGGUUCUGAUGGUGAACAAAACCGGCACUGGAGUCUGGCUCUUACACAGCACACCACGGUUCCCUUUCAGAAGAGAUCCCACUCAUUUCUGGCCUGGCACUGGAGCGAGGAAUGCUCAGACGUUUAUUUGUGUAACAUUCAGCUACGACAUGUUCAGGAACAUAGGUAACGAGCUCAGUUAAAAUACACCUUGAAUGU